AUGAUGCCGCCACGUUUCCCAGAGCCACUCAAUUUGGCUCUUGCAGUGUCCGCCCCUGGUGAUCCGGAGGCGUCCGGUAUGGCCUUCGAGUCUGAUACAUCAUCCGACUCGCCAGAAUAG